AAAGUAUUGAACAUUCAUACUUGCAGGUAGUAUAAUCUCGACAGUAACAAAUGAGUAUGAGUAGAAAAUCGAACAUUUCCAGAAACAUAUGGUACGACCAGCAAAAGCGGGGUACAAACCCAUCAACCCCACCAAGCCCAACCCCAAACAAACUCUCAAACUUGAACGUGCCCACCCACUCAACAACCCCCUGCGUACAGAGACAAUAUGCCACCCACCAAAACAAUCUGCAUCAUCGGCAUCGCCGGCAACCAAGGCGCCUCCGUCGCCCGCCGCUUCCUGCAGGACCCAACCUUCCACGUCCGAGGCCUCACCCGCAAUCCGCACAGCCCAACCGCUGAAGCCCUCACCCAGCAGGGCGUGGAGCUCAUCCCCGCCGACCUCAACGAACCCGCCAGUCUUCUCCCAGCCUUCCAAGGCGCAAACAUCAUCUUCAGCGUCACCAACUACUGGGAGCCCUUCGCCAGCCCGGCGGGCCGCCAGCAGGCCGCCGCCGCCGGCAUCUCGCCCCGCGAGCACGCCUACCGGGUUGAGCGCCAGCAGGGACAGAACAUCGCCGACGCGGCGGCGCAGACGGUCGACUCGCUUGAUCCGAACGGAUUCAUUGUCUCCACGCUGAGCCACGCGACGCGAUGCAGCGGCGGCCGGUUCCGGGAACUGUAUCAUUUCGAUGCGAAGGCGGAGGUGUUUCCUGCCUAUGUCCGGGAGAGGUAUCCCGCGCUGGCAGCGAAGAUGUCGUCCGUACAGACGGGGUACUUUACCUCGAGUUAUAGGUUGGUUCCGGGGGCGUAUUUCGGGAAGGGCAAGACGGAGAGCGGGGAGGAUGUGUUUGAGAUGACCUUCACCACGGCCCCGGAGGCGGUGGUGCCCCAUCUCGAUGUGCAAAGUGACUUAGGUGGGUUUGUCUAUGCAGUGGUCCAGAUGCCACCGGGGAAGAGUUACAUGGCGUGUGGAACCAGGUGCAGCUGGGCGGAGUAUAUGAGGAUUUGGGGCGAGGUGAACGCGGUGCCGGCCCGAUAUCGGCAGAUCACGCUCGAGGAGCUCAUCGGAAAAGCGCCCGAGCCGGAGUUUGGCCGCGAGGUGGGGGAUAUGUUCUCCUAUUCGACGGAUCCGGGAUAUGAUGGGGGUGAUGGGAGCUUGUUGACGGCGGAGGAUAUACGAAGGACAGGAAUUGAUUGUCCCAUGACAAGCUUGGAGGAAUGGAUCAGGAAGGAAGAUUGGUCGACUUUUUUGGGUUGA